CAUAUAUUUAGUACGUUUAAACUGCAAGAUUGUUACCUUGUUAGAAAAAAAAAAAAAUUCCGGUUUUUAAAAAAUGCGCUCGUGACUCGCGCUCUGUUGAGUUCCAUUUUGGAACUUUCUUGCAUCGCGAUGACGUCACUCGGCAGUCCCUUGUAAGCGCGCGCUCCAGACUGCCUUCACACAGUUAGUGAUGGUGAGAAGCUGAGGGUUUGUCAAGAGUUUGCAGAGCGCUAGAGACAAUCUACAUACAGAAACACACAGUGUACAGACAGACUAAAGUCUACACAGAGUUUGUCCUCUCUCAGUCUCAGUCUCAGCAUCGCGAUGUGCUCAGCAUCUGAGUCCGUGUGUAAUGAGACAGAAGCGGCUGCGUGGCUGGAGAACAUCAGCUUCUGCAGCGGCUUCUGUCUCUGGAUCGACCAAGAGCUGAGUAUCGAUUCACUGCCAGCUGACUCACAGCAGAGGGCUUCAGCAGCAGAAGCAGAAGCAGUGAGUGCACAGCCUUCUGCUGAGAAAAGCCCAACAGAAAUUCCUACACGAGGCAACAGGAGGAGCAGAAUCCAUGCGUUCUUCAAGAGAGCGUGGAAGGCUGUAAAGAAGCCGUUCCUCCACUGCAGACGGACAAGAGAAGAGUCUGGUGCUCCACAGCGGUCUGUCCCGAGUCCCUCUGAGCUCCAGAACGUGCCUGACACCGAUCCAGCGUCUGUCCCAGAUCUCGCCGACUGGAGGCCAGCUACCAAAUCUUUGUACCAGUUAUACACAAUGCAAGAUUUGAUAGGAACGGGAAGCUACGGCAAGGUGUUCAAGGCAAUCCGAAAAUCUGACGGCCAAGAGGUUGCCAUCAAAAGAAUGAAGAAACGGAACAACCGCUGUUCUCUUCAAAUUCCUGGUUGCUCCAGGCCUCUGGCUACAGAAGUGGGGCUGAUGCUGAUGUUGAGACGUCCUCCAGUGUGCCCCUACAUCAUAGAAAUGUACGAGUGGUUCGAUCAGCCGCUGAUCUUCUCGCUCGUUCUGGAGUUCCCUCAACCGUGCGUGUCCUUGCGAGAGUUCAUCAAUGAUUCGUCAGGACUGACUGAACCGGUUGCGCGUGGCUUCAUGCACCAGUUAGUCCUGGCGGUGCAGCACUGCAUAGACCACGGCGUCUUUCAUAAUGACGUCCAUGCUGACAACGUCCUGGUGAACACAGACACUCUGGAGCUGAAGCUGAUCGACUUCGGCUCCGGUCACCUGCUUGACAGCGAUGGCUAUGACAGCUUGAAAUACAUAGGAGCAUUACAGUUCUGCCCACCAGAGGUCUUCUCGAAGCCCAAAUACUACGCCGUCCCAACAAACGUCUGGGCUCUAGGUGUUACGCUGUAUAUGAUGGUGAACGUAAAGCUGCCUUUUACCAGCGUCAAGGAAAUAUUGGAAGCCUGUCCUUACACUUGGAAAGCUGACGUAUCCAUCGCAUGCUGUGAUCUGAUCUACCAGUGUCUGGACCCCAGUCCAGCGAAGCGGCCGGCGUUACAGCAGAUCUUACAGCACGAAUGGUUUAAAAGUCAGGUCUAGGAUGAAGGCAUCUGGGUCAGAUGGAAGGUAGCGUAACAAAACUACAUUUGCUGUUGUAUUUUUCAAUUCUGAAUUAUGAUCAGAAAACGAAGCAGCUAUUGAACAGCACUGAACUGACUAGAGGCCAUUUUAAUGUUCCGGUCCUUUUCUAAAUAACAUGAUUAGAUGAUGAAACAGAAUACUCCUGCUUUGUGUUCCUCAGUGGACACACAACAUCCAGUCGGCUGAAGAACCCUGGACUAGAUAGGAAACAGAGACAGAAACGAUGCCAAAUUUUCUUGAGACCAUGAACCAUAGACCUCUAAAGGACCAGUGUGGCUGUCGUAACGUGUCCCGCGGUGAUCAAAGGGAGGUGGUAGAUAGGCUCAGAACCCAGAUAUCAUCCAAAGAGGACUUUUAUUAAAUGCCAGUGAAGAAGUAGGAGUGUACAUGGUCACGGUAAGUGAGGAAAAAGAUACAAACAGAAUUAUGAAACUAAACAAAAAAAAUAUUUACAAAAAAAAAGGAAACUUAACUCGGUGUCCAUUUGCCGUAUAAACGACCAAAGAAAACCAAUUGCUACAGGCAGCAAAUUCUACAUAGACACUUUAAGCUCAGUUUUCUGAGCUUUUUUCAGUAUUAUUCAUGAGAAUUCAAAUCUCGUGAAAGAGCUUCAGCGCUGUCAGUUCACCUCUGUAAACAUGACUGUAACAAUAUUUAAUUAUAUAACAACACAUGGAGUGCGCAUGAGAGAGUAAUGAGUUGAACAACACUUGCUACGCGGAUCAUAGUAGCCGGAGCUAGUGUGUUUCAAGUUGUGUGAACAUAUUUCACAUUCUCUCAUGCUCCAAACAUGAACCAGCACUAUGCAUGCGUGCGCACAUAUCACAUCUUCAAAUGAAAUACACACAAAUAAGGGUGCUGAUAAAGUGGUACGUCUGAUCAUGAACGCAUUAUUGUGAUACACAGCAAACAAUGAUAUAAGAUGAAAAUUUAAAGAGUAAGCAAAAUGUGACUGCCUUUAUUCUUUGUGUUUUAAAGCUAUUUUAAUAUUCAUUUGUCUGUAUAAUGAGUGUGUUGUAGG